AUGCAUCUUUCAGAGUCUCAGUGGAAUAUAUAUUUUUGUUUCAUUGUUUUUUUUACCACAGUUGUAGACGGCAGAUCAGUCUCGAUAGAGAUUUCUCACGAAGAGGCUUAUGCCGCAGAAGAGUUUGAGGAACAGGAAGUGAUACCGGAAGUCGAGGUGUUAGCAGGUGACAAACUACACGUAAUCAAGAUAGGAGAUGAUCUUAUCAAGGACCUACAAAUCCCAUCCGAUGUUUUCUCCAACCUAACAGUGACGUCAUCACUCGGGAACACAACUGCCGAACACGGACAUGCUUAUGAUCAAUACGGCGUUGUCAAAGAAGAAAAGAUAAUAGACGAAUCAGCUUCUAAUCCAAUCAGUGAAGUCAUGCCUCGUCAGAAUAGGUCAAGGUUAUUCAUACUCAUGACCGGGAGGAAUUUUACAACCGUUGCUCCGUCAUCAACACCACGGAUCAACCUGAUGAAGACAUUCUUAGCCAACCGCCGUCGUCGACACAAAAGACAGGUGGGCCUGGACAUGAGUAAUAUAGCCAAUGAGGGAUGGGCGUACGAACACACCACAGAGGCACUCAACUCGUCCACUGUUGCUGAAAAAGAUAGCUUCCAGGUGAUAACAGAAUUAGAUCGUGACAACGCUAGGAAAGCCCAGCUGAAGACUAUCAUGAUCUUUGCGGGUUCUACACUCCUGACAGUGUUGAUGUUCUCCGCCAUCAUGUUCUGCUUCCUACGAGAUCCUAAGUCCUGUAUUGUAGCCUUUGGCACCGGUUGUCCCUGCUUGAUCGUGAUUUUCCCGUGUGUGAUGAAAUGUCUGGAUAAAUAUUUAAAUCCGGCCCGGAUGGUUAAGGAGAACCUGAACCGGUAUCUCCCAGGAGUCAUUAUACACGAGGACGGCACUGUAGAAAAGUAUGAUACCACACCAGAAGAGAUUGAAUGUAUCACGGAAAUUAUUGACGAGGUCAUGGGACUAUAG